GGCUAUGGAGGGCGGACUCUAAAAUGAAUCCGGACCUGAACACCAGCCACCACCCGCCCAACGCGUCCCACUGGGCAGAGCGGAGCCCCGCCAACUCCACCACCGGCCCCAACCAGACCUGGGGCCACCCCGCGCCGCCCCAGCUGGACGUCACCAGGGCCGUCUCUGUGGGCCUGGUGCUGGGCGCCUUCAUCCUCUUCGCCAUCGUGGGCAACAUCCUGGUCAUCCUGUCGGUGGCCUGCAACCGGCACCUGCGGACGCCCACCAACUACUUCAUCGUCAACCUGGCCAUCGCCGACCUGCUGCUGAGCUGCAGCGUGCUGCCCUUCUCCGCCGCCCUGGAGGUGCUGGGGUACUGGGUGCUGGGCCGGGUGUUCUGCGACAUCUGGGCCGCAGUGGACGUGCUGUGCUGCACGGCCUCCAUCCUGAGCCUGUGCGCCAUCUCCAUCGACCGCUACAUCGGGGUGCGCUACUCGCUGCAGUACCCCACGCUGGUCACCCGGAGGAAGGCCAUCCUGGCGCUCCUGAGCGUGUGGGUCCUGUCCACCGUCAUCUCCAUCGGGCCCCUCCUGGGCUGGAAGGAGCCGGCCCCCAACGACGACAAGGAAUGCGGGGUGACGGAAGAACCCUUCUACGCGCUCUUCUCCUCCCUGGGUUCCUUCUACAUCCCCCUGGCCGUCAUCCUGGUCAUGUACUGCCGCGUCUACGUCGUGGCCAAGAGGACCACCAAGAACCUGGAGGCCGGCGUCAUGAAGGAGAUGUCCAACUCCAAGGAGCUCACCCUAAGGAUCCACUCCAAGAACUUUCACGAGGACACCCUCAGCAGCACCAAGGCCAAGGGCCACAACCCCAGGAGUUCCAUAGCCGUCAAACUCUUCAAGUUCUCCAGGGAAAAGAAAGCAGCUAAGACCCUGGGCAUCGUGGUCGGUAUGUUCAUCCUGUGUUGGCUCCCCUUCUUCAUCGCUCUCCCACUUGUAAUGAUGCGUCGGCCCCGGGCAGCCGUCACUAAUGCAGCAUACCAAAUAGUUUGUAGUUACUGCAGACACGGGCAGCGCGGCGGCGUUGGGGAAGCAGAGAGGCUGCUCGUACACGGAGAGGAAGCAGCAGCGUUCAUUCAGCAAUUCCAGGGCUCUUACACAGAGACCACGUUUCCCAGAGCUUUGCAGAGCCUGCAGUGUCUCCCCCUCACCUCAAUACGCCACCUUCGUUAUCAGUUUAAUCAGAGCAUUUUCCAACCACACAGCCUCUAA